AUGACUCUGGAAGGCAAUAAGGAGGCGGAGGUGAAGGAGGAGCAGCAGACGAAGAAGGAAAAUGACACGGACGAGAAGGAAGGGAAGGAAGGUGAAGAGGUGAAGGGAAAAAAAAUAAAAAUGGAGGAGGAAGAGGAAGAAGAGGAGUAUGUUGAGGCGAAGAUGGAUGAGGAAGAUGAAGAGAAGGGAAAAGAGAAGGGAAAUGAAAUAAUGUCCUCGAAUCUAUCAUAUUUUGAGCGUUUUGAAGCCGCCAUCUUGAAGUUCAGAGGGACGCAGGCAGCAGCAGCGGCGGCGGGGGUGUGGUGGGGGGUGUGGUGGGUGGUGGUGGUGGCGGCAGCUUGUACCAGACUCCACUACAUCACGCAGCCCAACAAUGUAGUGUGGGACGAGGCUCACUUCGGCAAGAUGGUGAGCUGGUACAUCAACAGAACCUUCUUUAUGGACGUGCAUCCACCAGGGGGGCAAGUCUCCCCACAGCUGCUCCUGACGCUGUUCGCCACCCUGGGAGGGUACAACGGUAGCCACGCCUUUAACAACCCUAGCGACUCCUACGAGGACUACGACGGCAUCAUGGCCGUGCGCGUGGGGUGUGCGUUACUCGGCGCAGGCAUGGUACCGCUCGGGUUUCACAGCAUCUGGUGCCUCACACACUCCCUCACCUCCGCCACCAUUGCAGCCGCCCUCAUUAUCUUCGACAUCGGCAGCAUCACUCUCAGUAAGUUUAUUCUGCUAGACCCGCCCCUCAUGUUCUUCAUCCUCGCUUCCUUCCACGGCCUGUGUCUGCUGCAGCAAGUCAAACACAGGCCGUUCUCGUGGGCGUGGUGGGGGCGCCUAACGUACACGGGCGUGGCGCUGGGCUGUGUGGUGAGUGUCAAGUUUGUGGGCGUGUUCGUGGUGGGCGUGGUGGGCGUGUACACCUGUCUGGACCUAUGGGACGCCCUCGGAAACCAACGCACGCCCUUGGUCGUGGUGGGUCAGCACUUCCUCGCCCGUGCCCUCUGCCUCAUCCUAUUGCCCGCCACCAUCUACCUGUCCAUCUUCGCCAUCCACGACGCUCUCCUGCACAUCGCGAAAAGCCCACACGCUGCCGACGAAGCUCAUUUCAGCCCAGGAUUUCAAAUGAACUUAAGAGGCAACGCUUUGAACAACGUGUCCCAGCCCAGAGAGGUGGCGUAUGGGAGUUUGGUGACCCUCAGAUCGAACAACCUAGCUGGGGUCUACCUGCACAGCCACAACCUGACUUACCCAGGCCGGGCGGAGACCAAACGUUGGCAGCAGGUCACGGGAUUCAGGGCCAAGGAUCAUAAUAACUUCUUCCGAAUUCUGUUUCCUGAAGAAGACCCGGAGCUGCGUGACGGGUUCUACGGCGGUCCCCCGGAGCUGGUGGGCCACGGAGACUGGGUACGCCUGCACCACCCUGCCACGGGGGCGCUUCUCUCCUGCAGCAAAAACAAGUCCUUCGUCACUACUAAACACAACCUCGUCUACGCCAGGCCUGUGAACCUGACUCAGACCCCGGCCGAGGACGACCAGUCGGAGCUGUUUGGAGGGCAGCCCGCCACCUCCAGUGCCUCGGUGUCGCCGUGGGAGAUGUGGCAGGUAAACAUAGAAGGGGCCAAGCCGGGACAGGCCGCUGCAGACACUGAACUCCAGCUUCAAGUUUCUGUGUGUCCCAAAAGCUGCGCCCUCACCUGGUCCAGAGCCAAGCUGCCCAACAAGUGGGGUCACAGUCAGGCUGAGAUCACUUGCUCCAACAACCUACAAGACCCGUACACUAAUUGGGAGGUUGAGCAGCACUUCAAUCCUUACCUACCCAACGCAACGUACGGACACCUGCGUUCUGGGUUCGCCUCUCGAGUGGUGGAGACGCACAUGGUGAUGACGUGGGUGAACGCCAGACUCAAGCCGGAGGGAGCUGACCGCUACACCUCGCACCGCCCCCUGGAUGUGGCCCGCCUGCCUCAAGGUGGGGGGGGGUCUCAGGUUUGGUAUGACGUCAGCUUCAGAAUCGUUUUGCUGGGUAAUCCGGUGAUUUUCUGGAUUAACCUCGUCUUUCUGGUCAUCUCCCCGGCCCUCAUUCUGCGCCACUACUUCUACAGGAAACGAGGCAUCUCUGACCCUCCUCAUCUGGCAGCGAGGAAAGACCGCCACGUGUUCGCCCUUCGCUGGCUCCUCAUUGCUUACCUGGCGCACUACCUUCCCUUCUACACCAUGAACAGGAUCCUCUACUACCACCACUACUUCCCGGCUCUUCAGUUCUCCUCCAUGCUGACAGCCGUGGUGUUGGGUUACCUGCUGGAGACCCUGCACACGUGGAUGGCGCCGAAGAGAGCCUUGUACACCUACACGUGGAGUCUUGGUGGUCUCCUCGCCCUUCUUGUUAUCAGCUUCCGGACAUUCUGCUACGUGGGUUACGGCCACCCCACCGAGGGCCCCUUCAAUCCGGACAACUCCACCUUCAGGAAUGUCAGGGUGUUCGACUCCUGGGAGAUUUAGGGAUUGUUGGAUGGUUGGAUGGUUGAAUGGUUAGUUGGAUGGUUGGAUGGUUGGAUGGUUGGUUGGUUAGAUGGUUGGAUGGAUGGUUGGUUGGAUGGUUGGAUGGAUGGUUGGCUGGAUGGUUGCUUGGCUUGAUGGAUGGCUAGAUAACUGGCUAGCUAGUUAGGUUUUUGGAUGGAGGACUGGCAUUCUGACUGGCUGCUCGGUUGGUAAACUGCCUAACUAGCUGUUUAGUUGGAUGGUUAAGUGGCUGAUUGGUUGGAUGGUUGACCGGAUGGUUGACUGGUUGAAUGACUGGCUCGAUGGUUGACUGGUUGGAUGACUGACUGAAUGGUUGACUGGCUGGUUGGUUGACUGACUGGAUGGUUGACUGGCUGGAUGGUUGACUGGAUGACUGACUGGAUGACUGGCCGGAUGGGUGGAUGGAUGAGUGAUUGAGUGAUGACUGAUUGGAUGGAUAACUAGCUGUCUGGCUGGCUGUCAUUUCACGUAUCUGUUAGCUAAUGGACUCUCUCUCUCUCUCUCUCUCUCUCUCUCUCUCUCUCUCUCUCUCUCUCUCUCUCUCUCUCUCUGUAUGUAUAUAUAUAU